AAUACGAGGAUGAGCUCUAAAAUUCCUCGUAAAGCGCUGGCCAUCCAGAGCCGCAAAAAACGCUCUAAGGCUAAACCGCGGUUCAAGAAUGAUGAUAAAAAGAGCACAUCAUCCGAUCCCCAGAGUCGGCCAGACCCGGAGUACGAGGAAGAGGAAGAAGAGAUUUUGGGGUCCGAUGAUGAUGAACAGGAGGACCCAGCUGAUUACACAAAGGGGGGAUACCAUCCUGUGAAGAUUGGUGACCUUUUCAAUGGGAAGUACCAUGUUGUCCGCAAGCUAGGAUGGGGACACUUCUCAACAGUUUGGCUUUGCUGGGAUAUGUCAGAAAAGAGGUUUGUGGCCCUGAAGGUAGUGAAGAGUGCCCAGCACUACACAGAGACAGCGGUGGAUGAGAUCAAGCUGUUGAGAUGUGUAAGAGAAAGUGACGAAAAUGAUUUAUUCAGAGAAAGGACUGUUCAGCUUUUGGACGACUUCAAAAUAUCAGGUGUCAAUGGCACACAUGUUUGUAUGGUGUUUGAGGUGCUAGGACACAAUUUACUAAAACUGAUCAUUAGAUCAAAUUAUCAAGGAAUUCCAUUAAGUAAUGUAAAGAGAAUAAUUAAACAGGUACUACAAGGCCUCCAUUACCUCCAUUCAAAAUGCAAUAUAAUCCAUACGGAUAUCAAACCAGAGAACGUGCUUAUGUGUGUGGAUGAGACAUACAUCAGGAAACUUGCUGCAGAUGCCUUUGAGUGGCAGAAAAUGGGGUUGAAACUACCUGGAUCUGCUGUGAGUACAGCACCAAAAGAGAAACCACUGGAUCCCUCAAAGAUGUCUAAAAACAAAAAGAAAAAGAUGAAGAAGAAACAAAAGAAGCAACAGCUAUUGUUGGACGAACAGAUGAAGCAGAUUGAGGAGUUUGAAAGAGAGAGGGAACAGAAUGAGUAUAUGUCCCAAAGUGAGAGUACUCAGAGUUUACCCCAGCAGGAAGGUAUGGACCAGUCAGAAGGCACAGAUACCUGUAACACCUUAAACAGCGACUCGUCUCCCACGGAGAACAGUCUCGCCAACUACACCGACCAGGAGAACUCGGAGAAUAACAAAAAUGACCUGAACAUCAUUGAAAUUGAAAACAACAAUGCUGAUAACAGUGCAGAAAAGGAGAAAACAAAAACAGAAAAAAUAAAUGAGGAAAAUACACAGCAAAGUGAAGGCGAGAAAAGCCCAUCUUUAACGAACAAAAACUAUGUUGAACCCACGAUCAUCACAGAUGGUGGCGGCACCACAACGAUCAUUGUGCAAAAUGUGGCUCCUGAACAGGUGCCUGAACCCCAAAUGUGUAACGGUCAUGAAUCUCAGGGGGGACAGGAUGGUGACGGGGACUCGGUAAACAAAAAUAUUACGUCUCAGGAGACACCGUCGUCACAGGAUACAGUGUCACAGGAUACUUCAAUGAACAUUUCUGAAAGUGAGGCUAUAUCAAAUAAAACAGAACCAGAGAGCACACCUUGCGCUAUGGAGGAAAGCAAUAAUGGCCAGUCCAGUCCAGAGUCCAAAGGUCGUGAUCUAAGUGUGGACAGUACUAGCCAAGCUAAUAGCGACACUAAUUCCUCUGCACGCAAACUUAGCUGCAAAUCAGACCCAGUAAGAGAGAUUUGUGAUAUUCCUGUAAAGAUUGCAGACUUGGGAAAUGCCUGCUGGAUCCACCACCAUUUUACGGAGGAUAUUCAGACAAGGCAGUACCGCUGUCUUGAGGUCUUGAUUGGGGCUGGCUAUGGUGCACCUGCCGACCUCUGGAGUACCGCUUGUAUGGCCUUUGAGCUGGCAACUGGUGAUUACCUGUUUGAGCCUCACUCUGGAGAGGACUACUCCCGAGAUGAGGACCACCUCGCACACAUCAUAGAACUUAUUGGCCCCAUUCCACGCCAUAUAGCCCUGUCUGGCAAAUAUUCCAGAGAAUUCUUCAACAGGAAAGGAGAGUUGCGACACAUUGUGAAACUGAAGCCAUGGGGCCUUUAUGAAGUACUGACUGAAAAAUAUGAAUGGGAGCCUUCAGAAGCCCAGCAGUUCUCCGACUUCCUCAUGCCGAUGCUUGUAUUUGACCCCGAGAAGCGUGCCACAGCGUUAGAAAGUCUAGAACAUCCCUGGUUGAGUGAUGUAUCUUAGCUUUGUGCCUGUUGGCUUGACUAUCCCGAUCUGUUAUUCUUGCUUGUGCUACAGUGAAGAGACUUCUCCUCAGCUCUAUAUGUACCAGAGAUAUACCAAAGUUUGUCAAACUUUGGACGCGACAAGGAAACUACAUACAUCAGACUUCUGGUUUGUUUUGUGAUUGUGCUUGGACUACACGAGUCUUAUCUUCCUAGGAAGUCUCUGGACAAUGAAAUGAAGCAAACACAGGAAUCCUGCUUUUUAUUCAUUAGUCAUUUUCAUUGUAAUGGCAGGAUUUUUUUUUUUUAUUAGUUCACAGGAAGCUGCAUUUAGCAUCAUUCUACCAUGGAGCAAUUUCUGCCGUUGUCAACUUUUCUUAUUAAAAAAAAAAAACAACAAAAAUUAUGUUUUCACAUGAUAUUUUGGAUCAGAUAUAGCAAAUGUUAGAAGUAAAGUACAAUGUUUUUGAUAGUAUGUAUUAUUUUCUGAUUACUGACUGGUAGUACGCAGUUAAAUUAAAAUUAUAAUACAUUCUGUCAGAUGAUAAAUAAUUUAUUCUACCAGGUGAUAAAUGAGUAUUACUAACUCUACGGGUGUCUUGGUUAUUUUUAUACCAUUGAUACGAAUAUGAAUUUAGGAAGUCAAAUAGGUAUAGGUAUAUUGUAUACCUGAUGUCUUUGAGUAAUUUAUUUGACAUAAAUAUUAAUUGCCAUAGAUGAGGAUAGUAUAGAGAGAUGGUAUUUAUUUGUUAGUUAUAUAUAUAACUUAUAAUAACACCUGGCGAUUGACCGCUCCCUCAUUCCUGUCAUUGCUAAUCACUGUGUCAUGUUGCCUUUAGAACUUGUAAAUAAAUGAAAAUUGUACAGAUGUGACGAUAAUUACAGAACCUGCAAAGGGUUAAAUGUAGAUUUAAGCAAGAAUUUUUUUUCUAAAGGAGUUGAAAAAUAUGUUAAAUCAUAAUGAUGAUUAUAGUGAUGACCCGGUUAAUAUUCGAGCACAAUGUGUUAAAUAUAGCCAUGAGUAGUACAUUGAUACAUGUAUGUACUACCUGGUACAUUAUAUCUGAAACAGAUUGUAUAUAUUAAGCAGUUACGUUCAUCCUCAGUGAAGGAAUUCACUUCCCAUAGGUUCUAAUCAUUGUUCACUGCCAUACCUAACAAGUUUUAGUUACCUGGACCUCAUUUGAGACUGCCAUAUAUAUCAAUACUUCAGCUUGCUAUCUAAAUUCUUAUUUUCUUUUAUCACAAUAUUGUUGUGCUUAUCAGUGAAGAUGACAUUUGGACCACGAGUUAAAGAAAUGGUUGAUAAUUAUUAUCCAAUAAAAAUGUUAAUGAUAGAUGACCCUAUGUGCUUAGCUUAACUUAGAUGCAAUACCAUGAAACAUAUUCUGUUGGUGACAUGUCAGAAGAAAUGACAGAUAAAUUUGAAGUGACAAGUGUUAGGAUGGCAAUAAUGUAAACAGCCCUGGCAAUAGUGUAAGAAUGACACUGAAGUGAAGACACUGUACCUCAUACACACUACCAAUAGGAGCGAAAUGUGUACCUCAUACACACUACCAAUAGGUGCGAAAUGUGUACCUCAUAUACACUACCAAUAGGUGCGAAAUGUGUACCUCUUACACACUACCAAUAGGUGCGAAAUGUGUACCUCAUACACACUACCAAUAGGUGCGAAAUGUGUACCUCAUAUACACUACCAAUAGGUGCGAAAUGUGUACCUCUUACACACUACCAAUAGGUGCGAAAUGUGUACCUCUUACACACUACCAAUAGAUGCGAAAUGUGUACCUCAUACACACUACCAAUAGGAGCAAAAUGUGUACCUCAUACACACUACCAUUAGGCGCGAAAUGUGUACCUCAUACACACUACCAAUAGGUGCGAAAUGUGUACCUCUUACACACUACCAAUAGGUGCGAAAUGUGUACCUCAUACACACUACCAAUAGGAGCAAAAUGUGUACCUCAUACACACUACCAUUAGGCGCGAAAUGUGUACCUCAUACACACUACCAUUAGGAGCGAAAUGUGUACCUCAUACACACUACCAUUAGGAGCGAAAUGUGUACCUCAUACACACUACCAUUAGGCGCGAAAUGUGUACCUCAUACACACUACCAUUAGGAGCGAAAUGUGUACCUCAUACACACUACCAUUAGGAGCGAAAUGUGUACCUCAUACACACUACCAUUAGGAGCAAACUGUGAUCUACUUUUCACUUUUAUUUUUUCUCUGUCAGUUAUCUAUUACUUAUCCGAUUCCCAAAUGCAUCACAGAUGACUUUUUAUAUAUAUUAUGAAGUUGUACAGGAUUAUUGACCUUCCUUGCCAAGAUGUGUAUUUUGUGUUUAUAAUUAGUGCUGGCUUAGGAAAGUACAAGACUUCAAACAGUUGAACCAUGUUAUUAGAGACUUGCAGUACAUGUGUUUGGACAGAUUCGUUAAUAGAUAGUCUAAAAUUUGGUUCCUUGGGAACAAAUUUGGAGUGUUUGAACUAAUAUGGUUUCACUGUACAUAAUUUGUGUAAAAAUAACAAUUAUUAUUUAUCUUCAUGAUUACUCAAAGAGUGCUAUAAAUUAAUUUACUGACAAAUAUAUGUUAAAGGUAUAACAUAAAGUGUUAAAGGUCUAUCGUAAAAAUGAUGUGAGUACAAUUUUGAGAUAAACUUCUGUAACAAAUUGUGUAAGUGCCCAGUGCUAACGGAGGGAGCAGUCAUUGCAUAGAAUCUGAUUUGGCCUGGUAUAAACCCAGGAGUGUUGUCUUGUAAAACUACUCUUUAGACUAAACAGUUCCUGAAUUCAGAUACAAUUUAAGAAAAGGAAAUGUUUCUGUAUGAACUCAGAAAAAAGAAAUUUCCUGCCAGCUUUGAUUUUUCAAAGGUCACUUUUAUAGUAACGAGCAAAUCAAUUUCAGUGAAAACAUUUAUCUAGUAGACAUAGUACAAAAUUGUUACAAUGUACCAUGCUAUAUUCAACACUAGAUAUCCUACAUUUCUAUUAAAGUUCAUUAGCCCCAAAUUAAAUACACCUAGCAGAAAUCAAAUGUGAAAAAAGACAAUUUUCUUACAGUCAGCAGCACUUAUUCAUGUUGAUAUUUAAUAAUGUAAUAUUCACUAUGUGAAAGUAGAGAGGAGCAUUUUUUUUAUUUGACUUUUUUUCUCAUUAUUCUCAAUAAUUUAGUUGCUAUUUAGGUGUGCAAGUUCACUGUAAAGAAAAUAAAAGAUCCUUUUGUAGUGUUUUUGUAGAAUAGAGUAUAAAAUAAAACAACACUAAGAUUUUAUUUUCAUUUUAUCAAUAGGAUUUAUUUUUUGCAGCUAAAUAGAGAAGUUAACUGAUAGUGUCAGGUGAUGUUUUGUGAUGUGUAUUUAACUCCCACCCCUUGCCUAUUCAUUUCUCCGGACAUUGUGAUCCCCUGCCUUGACUGUUGUUUUGUACACAUGAUGUUGUUCCAACUCAUGUUUAACCAAAGGGGCCAUUACAGGGGUAUUUACCCUGACGUCAGUGGGCGGGACUGGCAAAUGAUUGUCAUCUAUAACUGAGAAUGCUAGACACUUGUUGUACAUAUAUGUAUACAUUAUUACAUACUGAAAAUCACUUAUGAUUUGGUAAUGAUUUAUGUUAACAAUUGCAAGUUGCAUCUUUGUAGGGUUCUAUUUUGCAUUAACAUCUGUAUAACUUUAUGAAUACAUGACAUAUUUAGAGUUGAUUAAAAAGAAAAGGAUAAAAGUUUAAGGGCAAAAUUAUAACCAAACAGCAUAUGUGAUUUACUGUAUUUCAAUAAAAACUUGUGUCAGUAUGUUUUUGUAUGUCAUGAUAAUCAAAUGGAUUCUGGUCUCAUUAGUAUGAUAUAUAGUUUUAUUACAUUGAAUAGCAUAGUAAGUUGGAAAUGUUUUUAGGUUGUGUCAGCAGAAUUGUAUUUUGUUUGUACAUGUACAAAGUUGAACAUCAACGUAUGACCACAAAAUAUUUAGCACAAACUUCUACCAUGAAAUGAAAUUGAGGUAAAACUCCACCAUUUUGUCAGCAGUGUCAAUAUUGACAAUAUAUUGAGUACAUUGUAUAUUUUACCAUAGUCACAGGUCAAUAAAAAAAAUAUGUGAUGCAUCCUUUGUCCGCCUCAGAUGAUACUGAUCUUAUUGUUGUGUCAAAGUUCCUUUCUUUAGUUUCUUGAUUUGGUGUAUGUUGUGCAUUUAAGCAGUUCUAAGGGACACAUGCAGCACACAGCCUACGGACAUACAAAAUACAUGCACAGAAUGAUGAAUUAAAGUGUAUUUUGGUUUUGUGUGUUUGUAGGGGCAUAUAUCAGAUAUUAGCUAGAGUGGUACAAAUGUUCUAAAGGAUCAUCUGCAGAGCAGACAGUUCACCUUAUUGUUCUUUAGUCUCCUAGUCAUGUAGUUCUUAUCCAUAUAUAGUUCUGGUGAUGGCCAUGUCGUUUAAGAUGUGUAUUAUCGUAUUAAGCACAUUGACUUGCUGAGAGAUGCAGUCUUUAUAAGAAUACUUUCAUAAAUACAUUGAUUUAUGAGGUACAAACAUUGAAAAGUUCAUGGAUCAAAACAUGGCAUAGAAAUAUUUGGUUAAGAAAAAUACUCAGAUGUCCAGUUCCAGUUAGACUGGACUUGGGUCAAAUUCAACUAAAGAGAUAAUCUUUUUGGACCAGAAUUCAUUGCUUCGUGUUCCAUCUCUGCACAAACCAAAGAUUUCAGACUUAAACAUCACAGUAUGAAGAAUUUAAUUUAGCAAUUGUUUUCUGAUGUACAUGUAAGAGAGAAAAAAAUUGAUCUGAUAACGACAUGUAGUGAUAGAUUGUUCAAAUGUUGAUACUGCCACAAUAAUAAGUGUUUGGUGAUGAAGAAUUGAGCUUGUAUCAAUCUUUUAUUCAUUCAGUGUUGCCUUUAUAAUAUAUGAACAAUUCAUGUGGUUCACAACUAGAAUUUGGUUCGAAGAAUGAUUUUCUAGAUUUGACCCAUUAUUUAUUAUCUGAAAUACAUUUACUUUUUGCCAGGAAAUUCAGAAUGGUUUUUUGAAGGUUAUACAAAAAUAGAGCUGCAUAUUAUUUAGAAGUGACUUUCUUUUAAGUGUAAAUAUAAGACAGUCAAUCCUCAUUAUCUCUGACUUGGCGGGACCAUUAGAAACAUGAAAAUAAAUGAGUAUUUAAGUGAAUUUGAAUGUUUUGUGUAAAGUUAAGCAGGUAGCAUAAAUGCUUUGCAUUAGAAGGGGGUCUGCAUGUUGUACGGGUUGGAGAUAAUGAGGUUGGACUGUUGAUGAUAAAAUUUAAAUAAUCACUAACAUUUACCCAAUAGUAGUAAUAAAAACAUGUUGGGUCAUGUAUCGCAAUACAAAUAGCUUGUCUAGUUGGAUCAUAUAAUAAGGACACUUAUAGUGAUUUUUGUACUCUUGACUAGCCUUUACAAAGAAUUUCAAGGUCUGUAUUAAUGUAUUGAUAUAUUAAGAUCUCUCAGGAUUUAUUUAUUAUGUCUAAAAGUUUCAAUUUAUAGAAAUAGACAAGAUUGACAUUUUCUUCCUAAUUAGUUUAUGAAUAGCCAGGAAAUAGACUGCAUGAUUAAAAGACAGUAUGUAAUCUAGCUGAGAAGUUGGUCAUAUAGAGUAAAUGAAGAUCAUUGAUAAUAGGUAUUUUUUACAGGUCAGUCAUGUCUAUCCUGUUUCCCUUUAUGUAGAUUCCAGAAAGAUAUCUUUUCUCAGUUCUCGGUGGACACAUUUUUGGAGGACUAUAGUCAUUUUACAAUUUCAUCAGCGGCAUCAUAAUCAGUAUUUAACUUCAACUAGUUGUACAUUUAAAAUCAGCCCGAUGUUUUAAGCUAUAAGUAGCUACAUAACAUAUAUUGGAGUUGUUACAUGGGCAAGAUGCUGAAUGAUCAUAUUUAUUGUAUAGUCAUCUUGCAAAUUACAGUUUGCAUGCCACAGUGAUGUAAAUUAAAUAAUAGAGUGUAAUGUAACAUUAAGUUGGUACUCGUAUUGUUUGUUUUAUCAAACACUGGUACAGUAAUGGUAGAUUUUUUUAUUGUUUAUGUGUAGACAUUAGCGAGAUGUGUUGACAAUGAUAUGGCACAAAGUAGCUACACAGAUCUGAUCGUAGUCAAGCUAUGGAAAUAAAGACGACCGAAUCUUUAUAUUGAGUUUACUAAGAAACAUGAAUUGAAAAUGAAAUAAAAGUGCAGAUAAGCAUUA